AUGCCAAAUGGGCGGCCUCCUGCGCCAGUGCCGCCUUACCUUGUGGACUCCAGUGAGGGUUGGGGGUCCCCACCCACUAGCACUUUGGGGGCCCCCACGGGGGCCCCCAAGGGGGCCCCCACAGGGGCCCUCAAGGGGGCCCCCACGGGGGCCCCCCUGGGGGCCCCCGUGAAGGCCCCCCUUCGCGUGCGUUUCGCCGAGAGCAGCAGCAGCGCCGGGACCUACGGGGGGAGCUCCUGGGGGGCCCCCAGUGGGGGCUCCACUGGAGGGGCCCCCUCUGCAGCGCCGUGGGGGGCCCCCUGGGGGCCCCCCCAUGCGGGGGGGCCCCCCUUAAGAACCUCUUUGAAGCCCCGGCGCAUAACAGCCCCAUUUGUGUGCCGCGCCCACAAUGGCCGUCAUUUGCAUUUAAUAGAUUUGGAUGCCCUUGAGGAUUGUAGCCUGUGUGUGAGCCGGGGGGCCCCCUUGGGGGGCCCCCAGGGGCCCCCCUUGGGGGGGGCCCCCCUGGGGCCCCCCCUGGAGGGCCCCCUGGGGGCCCCCGGAGGCCAACCUAAGAGGGGUACACUUGCCGGGCUGCAGCAGCGCCCCUUUGCGCCUGCGGCGCUGCGGGUGGAAUGA